AUGCCUUCUCUCGCCCUCCAGGAGAAGGUACCCAGCCAUAGAAGGGCCUCGGACUCGGAAGUCGAUUCAUUUUUUGGACUACACUACCAGCAAGUCAAUCUACACUAUCGCAAGCUCAAUACAAUGGUUGAACACAGCGACAAAACCAACGAGACCGACACUCUGCCUCCUCUCGGUCGUGUAGCCACACCUUCGACGGAGCAAACUAGAUUGGUUCUCCACAACCUUCGCAAUCUUUAUCCCUUUCCGACUCUUCCUCCCUCUCUGGCCAAAUGGACGAUCCAGCACCUCGUCCACGAUACCUCCGCCCCAGAUUCCGGUUAUGCCUCCGCUGAGGAAGACGAAGACGAAGACUUCAACACCACCCCGAGACAUGGAAACCGACCCCUCCGGGCUGAUCCUCUCGAACGUGUAUUAGCUAUCAAGUGGACGGGGUUCGUCCCCCGGUCCGAUGUUUGGGUCACCUGCGACGCCAACGAUGAGUCCGAAGAGCGUGGUGCCAUCCUCGAAGACGCGGUCACCUUGCCCUCUGCCUUCAUCGGCGGCGAAGAACAAGAAGACGUGUCCCUUACGCGGACCUUCAUAUUCCCUUGCACGUCGGGAAGCCACCAGAAAAUCCGCGUUUAG